GGCAAAAAUGGCGCCUCUCCCGCUCCCUCCGCCGUCAAACCCGUCGGAUCUCUCCGUCUCUCCCGACGGAAAACGUCAGCUCUCCGUUCCCUAUAAAUGGAAACCCUCUCUUCUCCAUCUUCCACUCCUCUUUCUCUGUCUAAGCUCGACCUCGAUCUCCAAUGGCGUCCAAUUCCGAUAAGCUCUCCAAACUCCGAUCCGCAGUCGACGGUCUAAACGAGAUCAGCGCGAACGAGAAAUCUGGAUUCAUCAACCUCGUUUCCCGCUACUUGAGUGGAGAAGCGGAGCACAUCGAAUGGAGCAAGAUCCAGACUCCGACUGAUGAGGUUGUUGUUCCCUAUGAUACCCUAGCUCCUCCUCCAGAAGAUAUCGGGGAGACGAAGAAGCUUCUAGAUAAGCUCGUUGUGCUGAAGCUCAAUGGAGGACUGGGGACUACGAUGGGCUGUACCGGCCCAAAAUCAGUUAUUGAAGUCAGAGAUGGGUUUACAUUUCUUGACUUAAUUGUCAAGCAGAUAGAAUUUCUUAAUUCAAAAUAUGGGUGCAGUGUUCCCCUGUUACUAAUGAACUCAUUCAAUACGCAUGAGGAUACAGCAAAGAUUGUUGAGAAAUAUUCAAACUCAAACAUUGAAAUCCAUACCUUCAAUCAGAGCCAAUAUCCUCGUUUAGUUGCUGAUGAGUUUAUUCCACUAUCAUGCAAAGGUCAGCAAGGGAAAGAUGGCUGGUAUCCUCCUGGCCAUGGAGAUGUGUUCUCUUCUUUGAUGAACAGCGGAAAGCUAGAUGCAAUGUUAUCAAAGGGUAAGGAGUUCAUCUUUGUUGCAAACUCAGAUAAUUUGGGCUCUAUCGUCGACUUAAAAAUCCUCAACCACUUGAUCAACAAGAAGAAUGAGUACUGUAUGGAGGUGACCCCUAAAACUUUGGCAGACGUUAAAGGUGGUACUUUGAUCUCAUAUGAGGGAAGGGUUCAGCUUUUGGAGAUUGCACAAGUUGCAGAUGAACAUGUGAAUGAAUUUAAAUCGAUUGAAAAGUUCAAGAUUUUUAAUACCAACAACUUGUGGGUGAACUUGAAAGCUAUUAAACGCCUUGUAGAGGCUGAUGCCCUUAAAAUGGAGAUCAUCCCAAACCCCAAGGAGGUUAACGGCAUAAAAAUCCUACAAUUGGAGACAGCAGCUGGAGCAGCCAUACGCUUCUUUAAUCAUGCAAUUGGGAUUAAUGUUCCUCGCUCCCGGUUUCUCCCAGUGAAAACAUCAUCAGAUCUGCUUCUGGUUCAGUCUGAUCUUUAUACCCUUGCCGAUGGUUCGGUAAUCCGAAACAAAGACAGAGCUAAUCCGGCAAACCCAUCCAUUGAUCUAGGACCUGAAUUUAAGAAGGUUGGUGAUUUCCUCAAGCGCUUCAAGUCCAUUCCGAGUAUAGUCCAGCUUGAAAACUUGAAAGUGGCUGGUGAUGUUUGCUUUGGUUCUAACAUAGUUCUUAAGGGCAAUGUGAAUAUCAAUGCCAAGCCAGGCACAAAGUUGGAGAUUCCUGAUGGCGCCAUGUUGGGGAACAAGACAAUAAAUGGCCCCGAGGAUAUCUGAGCAAAAUCUGUCCCCCGCCAGUGUUUUAUUCGCACAAAAUUCCAGCCCUUCAAUGGUGAUUGCAAGCGUGAGGCCUUUUGCUCCGGUUUAAUUUAUAGGUGCUUGAGUGAUUUGUACCUUUUCAAAUUUUUAUCAGAAAAACAAAUAAAAUGCAUCUCCGAUUUCUUUCACACUAUGUUAGUCAUCAUCUUUUUGUUCCUUCGAACAGUUUUUAUUCUUUAGUCA